AUGUCGUGGCAGGAGCUGGCCAUGGCGUACGCGGGUCCACAAGGCCAGGUGAUGGUCGCGUCGUCAGCGCUGCAGCGUGUGCUGCAGGUCAUCGCCACUUUCCCGCACCCCAUCGCCGCACUCGCCUGGUCGGCCCAGGGCAAGCUCGCCGUGGGAGCAGGCACCACCGUUUACCUCUACGAGCCCGAAGGCAGCGACUCUUCUUCGUUGCGAUGGCGCUACGCGUGCAUGCUCGAGCAGGGCACGGAGGUCGCGGCGCUGGCGUGGUCGCCCGCGGAGGAGCACAUGCUGGCCGUGUGCGGCGAGGAGGUCACCCUCUGGAAUGUAGACAACACGACCCGGGAGUGGAGCGUGCGCAGCGGCGACGCCGUCUCCCAGUGCGCCUUCUCGCCCGACGGCCACUACCUCGCCACCGUCGCCCAAUACCAACCUCUCGUCAAGAUCUGGUACCAGCGCGACAAGAACGAAAGGCGGAGGCGCAGCAUCUACCUGGCCCACCCGCGCUCCAUCCUCUCCAUCUCCUGGCGCCCUCGCGUGUGCCGACAGAGGAACGUGCUGUUGACGGUGAGCCGAGACGGGGUGGGCCGUCUGUGGAUGCAGAGCGAGACGAAGCCCCAGGGCACCGGCCCCAAGUUUGACGUGCGCGCCGUGCUCGACGCGCCCACUUCGCCCGGUGUCGAUCGCUCCAGAGCACCACCAUCCGCCGCCCCGCCGACAGACACCGCCACCGUUGCCGGAGCGUCAGAGUUUGGCCGCUACGCUCGCCGACCACUCGAGACGGCCGACGAGCUCGACUUUCUGUGCGGAGUGUCCGACACGGGCGGCCUCACCAUAUGGCGGUUGUGCAGCAACAGCGAGUCGUCCACCCACGCCCCCUCCGUCUCGCUCACCAUGCAACUCGACAUGGGCCUGGGCGCGAUCGGACGAAGGGUGGUGCGAGUGUGGGCGGUGUGCGGGAUGUGGGGCGCGCGCGGCCUGCCCGGCCACGUCGAGUGCUACGUCUACGGACAAAAGGGCGGCCUCGCCUUCCGCAGCUUCGACGUGGCGGGCGCCGAUUCGCCCAACGGCGACCUCCGCAUCACCCACCGCGGCUCCGCCGGCGGGCUCGCCCACUCGGCGCCCAUUGGCCAGCUCGCCCUAUCCCCCGCGCCGGCAGCCGCGGGCAAUGGCGGCCAAUUGGCCGCUUCCCUCGACUCGGCGCACGUGUGCCACGUGUGGAAGCUCGCCGACACCACGCUGGCCCACACGCCCCUGUCCUUCAGCUAUCUCGCCACCCUCCCGGCCUCUGACGAAACGCGCUGCAUCGCGUGGCUGGCCGGCAGCAGCGGGAAGGUGGUCCUGGCAAGCGGCGCGGGCGGCGUGACGCUGUACGACGUCCUCGAGGAGGACAAGCGGGGCGCCGACCCCACAUCGCCGCCAUCGGGCUGCGAGGCGCGGCGCAUCGGCGUGCUCGAGGGCUCCGACCAGCUCGGUCCCCUGCGACAGCUGCACACGAUCGCUUCGCCCCGUCAGGCGCCCAGGGAGGCGGGCGGCAGCAAGACCCUCUACUCGCGGCUGAGCGGCAUCCAGCCCCUCGAUAGCGGCGUGCCGCGCAUCACCGCCAGCAUCGUGUGCACGCCCCUCUCCGCCCUCUUCAACCUCGUCACCGGACACGAGGACGGCACCAUCCGCUUCUGGCGCCUUCAACUCGCAGGAAUCGAGCUGGCGUCGGAUCAGCCUCUGCCGGCUUUUGCUGCGGGCGACGCGGUGACGUCGGUGCGGUGCGCCGGGUUCCAUCGCCUGGCCGCCACAUCCGCGUCGGGCGCGCUCACCAUCUGGGAGGCCGAGUCCUCACCCUCCAGCCGCUGGCGCCUCGACGCCCGCCUCCCCAGCGAGGGCGCGGGCUGCCGAACCGUGUGCGAGUGGCUGCAGGUGCUCGAGGGUAGCGCCCUGCUGGUCGUGGGCCGCGGCCGGUCCACCAAGAUCUACCACUACACCCGCGCCCGUUCCAUGCACAGCCCGUUCCUCCUCCGCUGGGAGGAGCUCAUCUCCCUCCUGCCCUUCACCGGCGGCCAACCCUCCGCCGACUCCCCGGCGGCGGCUUCCACCAAUCCGUCGCCGCUGUCGGCCACGUCGGCCAAUCACCCGGUGGGCGCCAUCGGGUGCGCGCAGAGCGGGGUGCUGCUGCUGGCCAGCGGGCCGCAGAUCGCGGUCUACCCGGCCCACGCGCCCGGCGGCGCCUCGCUCCUCGGCGCGGCCCUGGCCGAGAGCUGCGCGCUGCCGGCCUACCACCCGCACAUCCUCUUCGAGCUCAUGUCCACCUCGCGCUUCCGCCCCGCCAUCCGCAUCCUCCACCACCUCCUCCGCGCCCUCCGGUCGCUGCCCGCCACGUCAUCAUCAUCGUCGGGCGCCCGCGGGCCGCUCUUCGUGCCCGAUCUACCACUCGCCGACCUCCUCCCACUCGUUCUGGCCUCUGCCGGGGAGGAAGCGGUGCCGGCCAAGUCAAAGGCCAAGGCCGAGGCCGACGCCUACUCGCAGCUGUGGAGCCGGCCGAGCGACAGUUCAUCGGACGACGACGAAGCCGAGAGCAGCGGCGGCUUCGGCGAGGUUGGCAGGAACGGCGGCGGCGAGGAGGAGGGCAAGUGGUCGGAGGAGGAGGCGCGCGAGCUCGGGGAGUACCUGACGGGGGUGCGGCUGGGCGGGGUGUCGGGUCCGGAGCAGAUGCACCUGCUGGCCGUGGCCGAGGCGCUGGCCAAGCACGCGACGGCCUCGCAGGACCUGGACCCGUGCGCGCUCCGGUUCGUGCUGGGCCAGCGCGUCAAGUCCUUCGCCAAGCCGCCGGCGCCGCUCGGCCCCUCCGAUUGGCUGUGGGCGCUCCACUCGGAGGCGCAGGACACGCUGGUGGCCGCCAACGUGCCGGAGCGUGCCACGUGGCCGCACGUGCGCGAGCUGGGCCUGGCCCUGUGGGCGCGCAACCCGACCGUGGUGCGGUCCAUCACCGAGCGGCUGGCCAAGGUGGCCUUUGCCGGCGUGCGCGGCGACCGGCGCGAGCCCAUGGAGGCCGCCAUCUGGUACCUCGCGCUCGACAAGAAGACCGCCCUCAUCGCCCUCCUCAAGGCCGAAGAGUGGCAGCUCGCCGCCCUCAAGAACGCCUACUUUUUGCUGGGCAAGCGCCGCUACGAGCUGGCCGUCACCUUCUUCCUCCUGGCCGGCCGCGACCAGCUCAAGGCCGCGCUCAACGUGUGCGUCAAGAACCUCGAGGACCUCCACCUGGCCCGCUACCCCGACGCCCUCUCCGCCCUCCUCACCUCCACCCGGCCCGCCCCCGCCACCCCCUCUCCGUUGUCGUCAUCAUCGUCGUCAUCGUCGCUCUCCGCCGGCGGCUCCUCCUCGCCAGCGCCGGGGUCGCCUCUAUCGACGUCGUCAACGCCGACGCCGUUCUCGCAGCCGGCCGGCGUGCAGCGGGCCGUACCACGUCGCCGACGCCCGGGCGAGGGCGACGACCUCUCCUCGUCGCGCAGUGGGGCGAUGGAGCCGACGUUGCACGACGUGCCCGACCUGCCCAAGGCCAUGGAGCAGGGCCACGAGCUGGGCACGCCGGCCCUGCUCCAGAUCUACCGCCUGCUGCGCGCCAACCCUCAGCUCCGACAGGUCCCGCAGUCGGAGGAGGACGAGCCGCGCCUCAUCGCGCGCGCCCUCUACUCGUUCCUCCACUCGCGCGCCACCCUCCACGCCCUCCCGCUCGCGCUCGCGCUCGUGCCCGGACCCGACGACGACGAUCACCACUCGCCAGCCGCCCUCGCGCCCGAGAUGCUGUUCCAGCGGAAGCACCUGCUCCUGGCCGCCGUCGCGCAGCUCCUCGCCCGCGAGGUCCUCGUCGCGCCGCACUCCGCACACGCCGACUCCUCGCCCGUCCCGUCCCACCUCCAGCUCCAGCUCACCGCGCUGUCCUCGACAGUGUCGCCCAAGCUGGAGGCAUCCGGGACGAAAGCGGCGUUGGCGCAUAUGGCGGCGGCGUGCGCCGGGCGCAUGGCCCGCGUGUCGACGCAGUCCCUGGCCGUGCGCCUUCUGCCGCCGCAAGACGCCGCGCCCUCCCUGUGCCGCACGCUCCUGGCCGCCGCCGGGCGGCUCGCCGAGCUGCCGGCCCUCUCCGCCAUCGCCUCAGUCUCGGUCCCCGUCCGUCAGCAGCUCGCCCGCGCCCACAUCUACGCCCUGGAAGUGUUCGAGGGCCUCGAGGUAUUCGAGGAGCAGCAGCGGCGAGACCGCAUGACGCUAGUGCGGGAGGAGGAAGAGGCGCCGGCAGCCGACGGUGGCGAGGAGGACAUGAAGUGGAAAGAGGAGGAGACGGCCAUCCGGGGCUGCGUGGUGGCGGGCCUGCUGGUGGCCGGCUGGGCGCGCGGGUGCUACCCGGCCGUCGAGGUCCUCCUCCCGGUUGCCACCAACCCCACCGCCCUCGAAGACCUCGCUCCCGCCCUCACCGCCGCCUUUGCCGACGACGACGCCAAAGCCCAAAAGAGCGAAAACGAAAACGACAAAAAAGAUAGCGAAGACGAAGACGAAGACGAUGACGAAGAGAACAUGGACGCCCUGCAGAAGAUGUACGCGGCCGAGGGGCUGCGGGUGGACCGGGCGGCGGAGGCCUUCCUGCAGGCCUUCCUCUGGCUGGCCAUCGUCAACGCCUUCCGGCGCGGCCUGCGCGACUGGUUCGACCUCUACAAGGCCACGCUCCGCAAGCCGACCGCCGCGCCCGUGGCCGAGCGGCUCAUUGAGACCCUGGGCGGCUGGGAGGCCGACCUGCAGCACCACCUCCGUCUCCGCACGACGGCCGCCACCGCGGGCCUCAUCGCCGCCGCCGCGGCGCGCCGGCAGCCCGAGCGCCGGAGCAGCGCGGCCGUGGGGCCGUCGUUCACAUCGGGCUUCCCGCUGGUGAGCGCCGUGUCGCUGCUCAUCAAGGCCAGCCGCCUCCACCGCAUCGAGCCGCAGCUGCCGGCGCUCUGGGAGUCGCUCCUCCGGCAGAAGGGCUGCGCCAACCACCUCGAAUCCGAGCUGGCCUUUGUGCGCGGCGACGCCUUCAAGCAGCAGUCACAGCCGCCGCAGCGGAGCGGCGACGGCGCCACGCGCGACCGCGACCUCCUCGUCUCCUUCGCCGUCUCGCCGAGCGGAGAUCAUAUCGCGCUGGCCACGGUGAGCGGCCUACGCGAGGUGGUGCUCUCGCCGACGGACUCGCGCCUCGCGCCCUCUGCCUCGUCUUCUCUCUACCGGGACGAGGACGGCGACGAGUGGCUGGGGCUGACCGACAAGAGCGACGGCAUCAGCUCACGCGCGAGCGACACCAACGGCGGCAGCGGGGCGAUGGCCAUCCCCGAGGCCUCGCGCACGGUGCUGGCCAGCAAGGAUCGCCGCAACAUCAUCGCCCCGUGGGUCGAGUCGCACCCCACCUACCCCUACUACGUGAGCGGGGGCACGGACGGGGCGGUGCUGCUGUGGGGCUACGGGGGCGGUGGCGGUGGCGCGAAGGCGUCGGGCUCGCGCGGGGGUCCGGCGGGCGGCGGUUCGCGGGUGACGCGGGUGCGGUUCAACGCGUCGGGCUCCAAGCUCGGGGCGACGGACAUGGCGGGCGCGCUGUCGCUGUGGCGGUUCGACCUGAGCGAGGAGGAGCACGUCGGCCCGUUCUUCAAGUACCGCGUCCACUCCAAGCGCGCGCUCGAGCUGUGCUGGAUCAACGAGGGCAGCGUGCUCGCCACGGGCGGCACCUCGCGCGCCGGCGGCAAGCGGCGCGACGUGGCCCUGUGGGACGUGCUCAUGCCCAGCCCGUGCGUGGCCUCGUGGGCCACCCACCCGGGCGGCGCCCACUCGCUGGCCUACUCCCCGCGCCACCAGCUCCUCGUCUCGGGCGGCAAGGAGGGCGACCUGUGCGUGUUCGACCUCCGCCAGCGCGUGCUGCUCCGCACCAUCAGCCGGGCGCACGCGCUCAACAUCAAGUGCCUCGCGCUGGCGCCCGACGAGUCGCUCCUGGCCUCGGGCUCGACGGACGGCGCGGUGCGCGUGUGGGACCUGGGCGGCGCGGCGGUGCUGGCCGAGCGCGAGCACUGGGCCGACGUGCACGAGAAGCGCACCUUCAUGAAGCCCACCACGGGCUUCUUCUCGCGGCCCAUCUCCACCUACGGCGCCAUGGACGUCGCCUUCGCCAACGGACGCCUCCUCUCCUGCGGCGCCGACGGACGACUCCUCUCGCGCCCCAUCUUCUCCGCCUCCACGCGCUCGUGA